GUCGUUACAGUUGGGUUUGUGUGUCCAGAGCAUCCACUGUGGGUCCAGUGGCCACGAGACGCUGAGAAAUUCCCGUGCAAGAAGUGCCAAUACUCUGGUGGCUCUGAUAGUGGUCUCUGCUUAUGGUGCUGCUGUUUCUGUUACUGCUGUUUCCUGUCUGGGGAAGCCCCUCGCCGGACAUGCAGUGUUCUUUACCCCGGAGUGCCAGCAUGAGCCUCACCAUCACUAGCCGUCGCAAUCAGACAGGACACCGGUUUGCGCAGAUACGGCUGGAUCAUGGUGCUCAAAAAGACUCUCCAAAUGAGGCCGAAACUGGUGCCUGGGAAGUUGACAUGGACCACAGCACUGUUAUCUGUGACGGUAUCGAGUCGGUGAACAUUGUGGCUACUGUGACAGUACCUCCGCCUCGCGCAGGGCCGGACUACGAGCUGUUCCCUGGUAUGGGGUACUACAAGCUACACACAACGCCACGGACCUGGAAUGAAGCGUUGCGCACAUGCGCAGUGGAGGGAGCUCAUCUCGCUAUCGUCAAUUCGGAGUCUGAAGCCCGGUUCCUGCAGUUGUUAUUCUCUCGCCAUCCCAAGAUCACUGGCGGCAACCACAAUGAUUAUGCAUAUUUGGGAGUGCAUGACAUGUUCAGCGAGGGUCAGUUUACUACCAUCUUUGGGGACCCGCUUAACAAUACUGGCUAUAUGAAGUGGGUCGGUGGACAGCCUGAUAACGGUGGAGCGGAACCCGGCAGUGACUGCCUUAGUUUGUAUAGGGCCCAGGCUAACUUUAACGAUCUACCAUGCAACUGGAAGCUGGCAGCCUUCUGCGAGCAGGAGGUCUACUGAAAUAAUUCGCUGGACAGAAGAUUCCAAAGCCAGCGGUUGACGUUAGUGGAGUAAUCGACACACGACUGGGAUUAAUUGUAUGAGAUAAUUUUAGGUCCCCAAAUCUUUAGUACAUUUUUUCAUAACGUAUAUAACUGAAAAUAAGAUGAUCAGUAAACAAAAUGUCACAGAAUUCUUUCUCUGCUGAAUAACACCUAUAUUGUAAUAAUAUCGAAAUAAAAAUUCCUGAGUUCA